UACGAUCCUGCGCGCAUGUGGGUUGUGGAGCGCAAAAACGAACGAUGCGAGAAACAUCAGAAUUUCUACUUUGCCAUUCAGUGGACCACUCGACGGGUAGUUGUUCGGUGGUCGUAAACACGGAAAUGUGGAUACACAUAUAUACUUGUGCCGUGUAAAGCGAUACUUUGAUUUUUGCUCCGUACCUAUACUAUACCUCUCGCCGUCUUCUGGACACGACCAAAAAUGAAGUUGGAAAUCGUCGUUUGGAUUAUACAUUUUGCGAGCCACGUAAACACUCUGCCCGACACGAUCAGAAUCGGGGGUUUGUUUCAUCCAAAUGACAUCAACCAAGAAAAUGUGUUCAAACACGCCAUCCACGACGUCAACGCCAAUCGGUUAAUACUUAGUAGAUCGAACCUUUCUGGUCAGGUAGAAAAAGUAUCACCGCAAGACAGUUUCCAUGCUUCCAAGAGAGUGUGCAGUCUACUUCGGCUAGGCGUCGCCGCAGUUUUCGGCCCACAAUCCGCUCAAAUAUCCAGUCACGUCCAGUCCAUUUGCGAUACAAUGGAAAUACCACAUUUGGAAACGCGAUGGGACUAUAAGCUGCGGCGUGAGAGCUGCUUGGUCAAUCUCUAUCCACAUCCGACCGUAUUGUCCAAGGCGUAUUUGGAUUUGGUGAAAAAAUGGGGCUGGAAGUCGUUCACGAUAAUAUACGAGAGCAACGAAGGCUUGGUGAGGCUGCAAGAGCUGUUGAAAGCCAGAAAUGGCGCGUUUUCAGCGUACCCAAUCACGAUCCGUCAGUUGGGUUCCAGUCGAGAUCACAGACCAUUAUUGAAGCAGAUAAAAAAUUCAGCAGAAUCACACAUCGUACUAGAUUGUUCAACCGAAAAAAUAUACGACGUUUUGAAACAAGCUCAACAAAUAGGAAUGAUGAGCGACUAUCACAGCUAUCUGAUAACAUCUCUGGACCUUCAUACGAUCGAUCUGGACGAAUUUAAAUACGGUGGUACAAACAUCACAGGUUUCCGGUUAGUCAAUCCUGACACACCCGUGGUGCAAAAAGUGUUGAAACAAUGGGGAGAAAAUUUCACCGUCAUGUCGACGGAAACUGCUUUAAUUUAUGACGCCGUUCAUCUAUUCGCCAGAGCACUCCACGAUCUGGACAGCAGCCAAAAGAUUGAUAUUAAACCAUUGAGCUGCGACGCUUCUGAUACAUGGUCCCACGGAUAUAGUUUAAUAAAUUAUAUGAAAAUAGUAGAAAUAAGUGGUCUGACCGGGGUCAUUAAGUUUGACAACCAAGGAUUUAGGACCGACUUCGAGUUAGAUGUGGUAGAAGUGAACAAAGAAGGUCUAUCGAAGAUAGGAACUUGGAACUCCAGCCAAGGGAUAAACUUCACUAGGUCUUUUGUCGAAGCCUACUCUAGCAUCGUUGACAAUUUGCAUAACAAGACACUGGUCGUUACUUUAAUCUUGAGUUCACCUUACACUAUGCGCCGUGAAUCCAGUCUAAAACUAGUGGGCAACGAUCAAUUCGAAGGAUACGCGAUUGAUUUGAUAUACGAGAUAUCAAAACUGCUGGGUUUUAACUAUACACUGAAACUUGUACCUGACGGCCGUUAUGGUUCUUACAAUGAAGACACUAAGGAAUGGGAUGGGAUGAUGGGAGAGCUUUUACAACAGAGAGCGGACUUAGUGGUGGCUGAUCUAACUAUUACCUACGAUCGCGAACAAGCCGUUGAUUUUACUAUGCCAUUUAUGAACCUCGGUAUAAGUAUUUUGUACCGGAAACCAAUCAAACAACCGCCGAACCUUUUUUCAUUUUUGUCUCCACUAUCAUUGGACGUGUGGAUAUACAUGGCUACGGCGUAUCUUGGUGUAUCGGUUCUCCUCUACAUACUAGCCAGGUUUAGUCCGUAUGAAUGGGAAAAUCCACAUCCUUGCAACUCUGAAGCCCCAGAUGUUUUUGAAAACAAGUUUUCCUUGAACAACUCACUGUGGUUUACGAUCGGCUCUCUGAUGCAACAAGGAUCUGAUAUGGCUCCUAAAGCCGUUUCCACAAGGAUAGUAGCCGGUAUGUGGUGGUUUUUUACAUUAAUCAUGAUCUCAUCGUACACUGCAAACUUGGCAGCGUUUUUAACCGUGGAAAGAAUGGACUCACCGAUUGAAAGUGCCGAAGACCUUGCUAAACAAACGAAAAUAAAAUAUGGCGCACUUCGAGGUGGUUCGACUACCGCGUUUUUUAGAGAUUCAAAUUUUAUUACGUACCAAAGGAUGUGGUCGUUUAUGGAAUCGUCACGACCAAGCGUGUUUAUGUCUUCAAAUAACGAAGGCGUAGAAAGAGUUGUAAAAGGAAAAGGAAACUAUGCAUUUUUAAUGGAAUCCACUAGUAUUGAAUACGUGAUUGAGAGAAAUUGCGAGCUAACUCAAGUCGGAGGGCUUUUGGAUUCAAAAGGUUACGGCAUUGCAAUGCCACCGAAUUCUCCAUAUAGAACAGCGAUUAGCGGGGCAGUAUUAAAACUCCAAGAAAUUGGUAAACUACAUAAGUUAAAAACAAAAUGGUGGAAAGAAAAAAGAGGCGGUGGCGCUUGUCGGGACGAUACUUCAAAGUCCAAUAGCGCGGCUAAUGAAUUGGGUUUGGCUAACGUGGGCGGCGUGUUCGUAGUGCUAAUGGGUGGAAUGGGUGUAGCUUGUGUUGUAGCAGUGUUUGAAUUUGUAUGGAAGUCCAGAAAAAUAGCGGUCGAAGAGAGGAUCAUUAAGUACCAUACGAAGUAUAGAAAAUGAGUUAUAAAAUCACACUGGUAUCUUACAUUCAACUAUAAUAUUAAUAUUUAUUAUUUUUUUAAUGUGUCAAUUUAUUUGUUUAUGAUUUGAGCAAUUUAUCUUAGACUAAAGAAUAUAUAUACAUAUAUAUUUAUAUAUAUAUUGUACUAUAUAAGUUGCACAUUUGAAUAGUAAUACACCAGUAGUCGGAAUGAAGUUCCAACCAUAAAUAUAUAAAUAAUGCAUAUUAUUAAAAACCCCAAACUUUAAAACACGGCAUAUUAUUUUUAUUGUUUUAAAAAUUUUUUUUUUUUUUUAUAUUCAAUUUUUAAAAUUUAAAAUUUGAUUAUUUUUUUAAGAGUCUUAUAACAUAACUGAUGGUUUUAAUUUUUUUCUAUAAAUAAAAUGGUUUAUACUGCAAUAAAUACAUUCCAAUUUUGUAACGCAUUUAAAUAAUGUUAUAUAAAUAUAAAUAAUAAAUAUACAUCUUAUAUAUAAAUAUAUAAUAAUUAAUAAAAUAGUACCUAAGCUUUGUAAUCCAUGCGUUAUUCUCGAUAAUAAUAUUCGGUUAUGAAUUAUAAUGUUAUAUUUAUUGUAUAUUUUAUUUGUAUUGGACGAUGUAUUACACAAAUUAUUAAAUCAUGUAAAUUUGGUCCAUUUAUCUUUAUAAUUUCCAGAUGGGCAUAAUAUGAAAUUAUGUAAUAAUGUGACAAAUAUAUGUAUAAACUUUAUAAAAUGGUUCAUACAUAUUUUUGUACUUUUUAAAUUUAUUUAUUUGGUUAACUAUCUGCACUAGUUUAUUUGACAUAAGGUUAUAAUUUUAUUUUGUUUUUUUAAUAAUAUUAUGUUCAACGAUACAAUGUUUUUAUUAGAUAUGAUUUUAUUUCGUUCCUUAUUUCUAAAUCAAGCUAAUUUUUAAAAACAAAAGAAGUAAUGUAAUAAAAAACAUAAUACAUA